AUGGCCCUCUACCUUACCAUGCACUACUUCGCGCGGGCGGUUAUUAGACAGAUGAUGGACAAACUAGAGGACUGGACCUGGUGUAUGGCGGGGGACGCGACGUGCCAGGCCUGCCCCUAUCGCUGGGAUUUGAUCAACGCCAAGAGCAUUGCGAUCAAGGCGUCUGGGCGGAAGCCCUGGAUGCCGAGGCUGACGGUGUGCUACCAGUGCUUCCAGCCGCAGACGAUAUACUGUGUGGCCGACCCCGAGGCGGAACAGGACACCUGCCAGUGUCCGGACAUGGUGAUGCCGCUCCGUUACGGCGCGUUCAAGAGGCCCGGACGGGAAGCGUAG